UGCACUGUUGACGUGAGCUCAAGCUUUCCGCUUAGAAGAGUAGUUGCUAGCAGUGCUAGUGAAGCUGCGUAUACUGUAACUUUCCUGAAGUCGUCAAUUUUUUCUACGCUGCAUACGCACCCUCAUGAUAAUCCUGGUUGUCAUAGAACAUGCCACCUAGACGGGCUCGAGUCCCUGCAACUCUCGAGAGCCGCAUCAAGCAAGGUCUGCAAUACUUUGCUGGCCUGCGCGAGGACGAGGCAGCAGAUGUUGCCCGUGCAAAGGACCUGGGCGAUGCACUCCUUGAAGCUGACAUGAACAUUAUCAGCAAUACCGGGAUUUUGAGCGGCAUCGUGGCUGCGCAUGCCUGGGCCGCGCGUGCGCUUGCCGUUGACGUUCUGAACGACUCGGCUUACGUCGCUUUUGUAGCGACCGCAACUAAUCUAGGAGAACUGCUCAGCAGCCAGCCGGGCGACCAAGCUUACGGCAGGCAGGACCGGUUGGUCCGAGCCCUGCUGAGGGCGGACACGCUCGCCGUGCACGCGAGGCUGUGUACGGACGCUCGCGCCCACCCGCGGGGCCGCCGCCCGCCGCAGCCUCCGGCCACCGGAUGCAAUCAAGCGGGAUCUGCCGGGAUGCUGGCCUCAAGCACGAGCUGGUGACGGCGCUGGCGCACACGCAGCUGCUCGAGCACGCCGCGCGGGCGCUGCUAAGCGCCGCCCAGGCCAUUCAGCCCGCAUCCAGCGAAGGAACUUCAGGGGCGGCUGCAGCUUCGGGAACGGGGCUUCCACCUGAGAGCUGGAUAACCGUGUCGGGCGUAGCAACCACAUUUGCCCACGCGCUUUCGUGCCUGGUGGGCACAGACCUGCGCACUACCGCGCUGUGCCCACGACCCCGCGAACGGGACGCAUCUGUGGAGGUGUCGCAGAAUUCGAGGCAGCUACAACUGCUGGAGCAGCUGCGGCCGCUGCUGGCCAGCCGCUGCGUGCAGCUCUGCACGGGAUGGGCGGGCCUGUGUGCGGCCAUUACCGUACGGCAGCGGGCAGCGGACGACAGCGCUCAGCAGGGCUUGGUACCAACUGCGUCGCAGCUGUGGCACGGGCUGCCGUCGGAGCUGAUACGGCCGCUGCAGCUGCCGCCGCAGGCCACUGUGUCAAGCCAGGAUAUGGUGCGCACAGCGACCCUGGCACUGCCUAUGGUCCUGCAGGUGACGGUCAGCGGCCCCUGCGACCUGGCCAUCGCCCAGCCGCCCGUGGGCUACGACCGCCUGCCGCACAGGCAGCCACAGCCGCAGCGACCAUCGGCGGGGCCAUCAGCAGCGGGGUCAGCAGCAGCGGAGGGGCCGGCUGCAGCACCAGCACCAGCUUCGUACAGCGCCGUAAACGCGUACGGGCUGCUUAAGGCAUUAUGGCACUGCCUGGCCUGUGACCGCGCCACUUACACGUGCAACCUGUGCGCAGUCGCCACGGUAAUGACCCGGCUGCUGACGGAGCUGCGGCCGCGGCAGGCGGCGGUGCUGCUGCCGAGUUGGUGGCAGCUGCUGGCGCAGGAGCCGUCCAUGCUCAUUGAGGGGUACGGGCUUGCGCAGGACGCAGGGGAGCUGCUGCGGCUGCAGUUGAAUGCGCCGCCGCCGGUCGCGUGGGCUGUUGGGGUGACGGAUGCAGCUUCCGUGGCUGCGGCGAGUGUGGACUGGCCGCCGGAAGCGGCGGAGGUGCAGGACGCGGAGGCGGCGACAGCAGCGAAGGCAGCAGCCAGCCUGGCGCGUGAGAGGGACCCCAGCUACAGCCUCCGCUGCGCGCUGGACGCGGGGCUGCUGUCAGUUAUGGAACGGUGCCUUCGCGCGCCACAGGCCUGGCGGCAGUCCAACAGCGUGAGCAAGCUGCUGUACGUCGUAAACUGCGUGCUGCGCUACUCGGGCGUGUGGCCCGCGGUGCUGGCUCGCGGUCCCGUGCAGCAGGCGGUGUCGCUGAUUGCCACGCUGGGCGCAGCAGCUCGGCUGCUGCAGGAGAAGGACACGUCACUGGACGUGAUAAGCCGUGCCUCCCAGCCUGGCAUGCAAACAACGGCAAGGUGCGGCGCCGGCGGCUACCUGUGUGCCUACCUGUCCGCAAUGCUGGAGCAGGUCGUGGACGUGCGGGCGCUGGGCGAGGGCGCACAGCAGCAGCAGCAGCGGGAGGAGCAGCAGGCAGCAGCUAUCGAUGCUACGGCCACAGCCGCAAUUUCCACCCCACUGCACCUCAACUCGGUGCUGGAGCAGGUAGUGGAUUCGAAGGACGGCAGUGUCGAGCCCUCCACGUGCUCCAUCGCCUGGAUGGCGGCGGCGGGCGGCCUGCCAGCUGCCGGCUCCACAGCGUACCGGCAGCAGCAGCUGCUCACGAGCUUCGCGGUGUACCAGUGGCUGCCCAUGCUGGCAAAGGCAACGGAGGAUGCCUUGUGGAGUAGUGAGGCGGGCGCCGAGGGCUGGCUGUCGCAGGCGCUCCUGGUGGGGCACCUGGUGAUGGAUGUGCUCUGGCGCGAGGAGCGCCCGCCAGCUGAAGCCGACGAGGGCGCUGGCUCACACAACCGACGACAGGACGCGGCGUGGUGGGAGGGCGUGACGCAGACUGGCCAGCUUGCGAAGAGCAUGCACAAUAUUAUGGACGUGCUGGCAACAGACGCCGUAAGGCCGCUGCUGCUUGAGCACUGUGAACAGUGGCAGCAGGCAGCCGUGUUGGACCUGUUGCAAUCCUAUUGGACACGCUUUGCGGGGGCGGCGCGUGUCACGAUACGUGCGUGGGCGAUACGGGCGGCCGAACAACAGCAUCAGCGGACGGAUGGAAAGCAGCAGGCUGGGCAGGCGGCGGAGGGCGGGAAGGGCAGCAGCACGAGCAGCCUUGGCGACAGCACAGCACAGCAGCGGCAGGCGCCACCGCCCGAGCUAGUGCUGCAGUGCUUGACGCCGCUGCCGAUGCAGCAGCUGGCAGCGGUGCACGGGCGGCAGGACAUGGUGGAUUACCUGGACGCAGUAGCUAAGGGUUUGAGAGGGGAAAUGAUGAUUGAGUGCGGCAGUGCCGGCGCCGGCGGAAGCGGCAUGGGGGUGCAAGGGCCUGCCAGCAUGGAGGGCGGCGCGUCGCACGCUAGCGCCACGGCGGAUAGGUUGAGGGCGAAGUGGGUUGGCGCCGUGCGGCCGCGGUACCCGUGGCUGUUGUCUCAAGGCCAGGCACAGGCGGGGCUGCAUGACCUGAUGGUCGCAGAGGCGGCGGCUGCAGCGGCAGCUACUGCUACGGGCGAGCCCUCAGUAGCCUGCGGCGGCGGUGGCAGCAGCGGGAGCAGUAGCAGGAGCAGUAGUGGGCAGGGCAGCAGCAGCGAUGGGCCGGUAUUUGAGCACAAGCUGUGCUACAACCCGCGCUGCUGCUCGCUGGACGGCCCCAGCGUGUUGGUUGCGCCCCGCGGCGGCAAGACGUGUGUGCGGUGCCGUGCUGCCACGUAUUGCUGCGGCGCUUGCCAGCUUGUGGACUGGCGUGAGCGGCACUCUGGCACCUGCAGUGGAGCCGCCGCGGCGGCGGCAGGGUCAGCAGGGACAGCGAAGGCAGCGCUGAAGAAGGCAUGAACUGACGAAGUGCAACAGCAGUAUGGACCCGAAGACUGCGCUUCAAAUGCGGCGUUUUGCGGUUUGUAUGAGAGUGAGAGUGCGAUGCAUGGCGUGGACUCUUGGGUCGUUUGCCACGCCGAGCGUGCAGCAAGAAGCGCUCAAAAAGCCCAAUUGGCUCUGCUUUGCAUUAGCGCAUUACGGUUGAUGACCGCUGACGCGGGUGGUCCGCGCCUUCAUCGGCCGGGAUUACAGAGCGGACUCCACACCGAAUGUAUGAGUGCCAGACCUGCGAUGCUAAUCUUACUUCGCCAAGGCUAGCCUCCUCGCUCCUUUGAGGCUUGAUACCGUAUCAAGGUUUUGGGCAGGAGUAGGGGCAUCAUGAGCGGCGGCGGGGUAACAGGGUGGGGUACAGGCUGCAGUGUUGUUCGGGUUUGGGCGCGUUCUAGGCAUGUGGCACCCGUAUGUGGCAGAGCAAUUUGACUGUCCCCAACAUGUUUAUGUGCCCGCCGAGAAUGCUAAGCUGACGGUCUGAACUUCGCGGUUUUUGUAGUUGCACGACUGUAUGUCAUUAGAGUUUCGGCCAUUGUCGCAGGUGCAGGCGCAGUGCAGUAGAAUGCAGGGGCGUGGGCGAGGAGGAGAGGGCUGACGGACAGCUGGAGGCCGUGAUGCGGCGGUAGAUACGGUAGGUACAGGACUGGGAGGCGCACCAGGGACUUACCAGUGCACGGCUGAACGCGAUGGCUACAUGUGCGGACUGUGGAUGGGCUUGGAACAUCAGCUUAUGGAUGAGGGACGGUGCACUGCUGCCGCCGCAUUCGGCCUAUCACGGCAUGCGCUCAUAUGUCAUCAUCUCGCUCUACACCGCCAGUCGUUGGUGCCAGGGCAAGAGGCGGGGCCCCGGUAGAUGGGUGUGCAGGAGGGCGGGGUGGUUUGGCGGUAGGGAUGGGAGUGCGGAAGUGGACGACAAGGUCAAGCUUGCAGGAGGUGUUGUUUGUGGCAAAACAGCAGGAUGGUGGUAUGUGAGAUCGUUGUAAUAUGGGACAAGCAGCAUGAGGAUGCGAUGACGAGGAUCAAGUUCAUGAGCAUGCCAUCAGGUGAAAUUGAACAAGAAAGGUCGCAAGGAAGGGCGUGCUGCGGCUGCAAGUUGGUAGGGGUUAGGGAGGAGGGUGGCGUUCCUGGCCACUGGCGAUCCACUGGGUCACCUGCGCAAGGUAGGUGGUGGCGAGCUCCUUGUUGGGGGGGGGGCGGUGUGGCACAGCCGCACAGCCGGUUUGGUGGUUGGAUGACGUUGGCAGUGCCGGGCCAGUUCCUGAUACCUUCCGUACUCGUGAUGAGCCAUGUGUGCCAUCCCUACUCGUGAUGAUCUGUCACGACCAUCUGCCGGUUUGUGCCUAGCUCGUCACCUUAUCGGUGCCGGCCAUAUCGCGCUGCCAACAAUUUCGCCCUCAAUCCAUCCAUCGCACGGCACGGCACCAGCGAGGCUCUGAUGGCUCUCCGUCGGCCUAGGUGCCACACAAGGGCGGGCGAUGCUCACAAAGCCAAGCACGUGCAUGUGCUCGGCGUACGGCAAUGCACGCCAGUUCAUUCGUUACGUAACGCGUCACGUGUAAUCAACUAGCAUC